AUGGCGGAAAUGUUAACAAUUAAUUUCCCACAGGAUGCAACCUCACCUUCUUCAUCUAGAAGUCGUGACUGGCUGGCAUCGAUAAUUGCUGAAGGCCAGGUAGAGACUGACAAUCAUAUGCAGUGGCCACAGAUUCCAAAGGUACCAGCUAGGCUCCGAGUGAUUCAGUCAAACAAGAAUUGCUACGAUCCCAUGGUGGUAUCCAUUGGUCCUUACCACCACGGGAAGACUGAACUCAGGGAACUGGAGAAGCUCAAGCUUACAUUUGCAUUCAAGCUUGUCAAAGAUAGUGGAAUAUCCAUUGACGAUUUUUACUUCAAGGUGGCGGAGGUGGCCGACGAUGCAAGGAAAUGCUAUGCUGAGGACCUAACAAAUGCGAUAGAUAAUGAGAAAUUUACUCAGAUAAUGUUUCUCGACAGCUGCUUCAUUCUCCAAUUUAUUUUCUGUCUCUUGCGCAGGCCUGAAGAUCUGAAGAUGACCGGUUACCAGAGAAGAAGAAGGAGGCGGGAAGCAACUGAUCAAAGAUUUCAUCAGGCACAUUCGAGCUCUUCCUCCUCCACAACAUUCAUUCAAGGAAACGAUGAGGGAGCUUGUCCACAAAUUUAUUUUUCCGAGAAAAAAAAAAAGUGGGGAGAUAAUCAAGAAACUGCAGACCACCCGCCUGUCCAUCUCCUUGGACUUCUUCAUGCCAAUCACAUCCAUAAAGAAGGCUGCAGUGUUUGUUCUCACCAAACCAGUGACUGGUACUCUUACCGUUCCGCAAAGGACCUUAGGACCGUGGGUAUCCGCUUUAGGCCAAACUGGACUAAUGCGUACUCAAACGUCGAGUUCCAAUCAUCAGUCCGCGGUAGCAAACUAAUACUUCCUCCAGUAACCAUAGAUGACUCAUUCAAGUCCAUGCUGUUAAACUUGAUAGCCUAUGAAACUACAUCCUCUGAUUUAUCUGGUCAACUUUGGGUCUCUUCGUAUGCAUGCUUCUUAGAUUCAUUGAUUCAAGAUGUUGAAGAUGUGAAGGUACUGCAAUCGGAGGGUGUACUCAAUAUUUUUGUUCGUGAGCAGGAGGUUGCAGAUCUCUUCAAUCAGAUGUCCAGAAACUUGGUGCCCAACCCUUAUGCUUAUAGUGAUGUCAAAAGGAAAAUUGAAUUGGAUCGCAAGAACAUCACCAAGAAAUGGGUAGCUGAGUGGCUGCAAACUUACUUUAGCAGUCCAUGGAGCUUUAUUGCACUUGUUGCUGCAACUUUAACCAUUAUAUUAACUGCUAUGCAGACAUUUAUGCAAUUCACUGAUGAUAAUUGUAGUUGUAAGUGCUGUUCACCAGCUAAAGGCACUUGA